UGCAAAAUAUUCCUUUUACCAGUAAUCAUUCUCUGCAAAACAACAAAAUUCCGAAGAAAUAAAUCGAAAACUAAUCCUCUACAAAGAACAUAACGACCUGAAUCAUAACUAUUCAAAUCGAAAGCUUUGGUCCUCGAAAGCAACGAUUAUCUUAGAUAAUCUUCUUUACUGCAUUAUUCGUCUAUAAAACUAUGUAUACUUUCCAUUGAAGUAGCAGCCAAAUGGGAAGAGGAUUGUCUCUGCAAUGGGCGUCUCUGCUCACUUUCUUGCUGCCGCAAAUGUUAUCAGAAUCAUCAGGUUUACCAAUGAAGAGCUGUGAAUCUAAAUGCGGCGACAUUGAUAUCGAAUACCCAUUUGGUAUUGGAGCCAACUGUUCCAUGAACGACUGGUUUGUGGUCGUUUGCAAUGGAACUGCCGAUAAUCGGAGAGCUUUCAUAAGCAGCAUCAACCUGGAGGUGACAGACUUUUUAUAUGAAAGAAGCCGAUUGCGAGUUAAAAGCCCAGUAGUUUCAUUCAACUGCGACGAGAAUCACUCAAACAGUGUAGUGGAUUUAAGAAGGACUCCAUUCACAGUCGCAAGCUACAACAGAUUCACCGUUGUAGGAUGCAAAGCUCGAGCUUUGCUGACCUCUGCUGAGCCAGACAUUAUAGGUUGCCAGCCGACCUGUAACAAAAAGCUUAAACCUCAGGGAAGAAACCCUCCAUGCUCCGGCAACAGAUGCUGUCAGACAUCAAUUCCUUAUUAUCUGCAAGUGUUUAAACCCAGUUUUCAGAAGGAGAAUGGUAAGGAAGGCAAAAGGGUAUGCAAGCUAGCGUUCAUAGUGGAAAGCACCUGGUUCAAAUCUAACAUAAAAGAUCCACAUAAGGUGCAAGAGAGGGAGUAUGUUCCAAUGCUGGUGGAUUGGAAGAUCAAUGCAACAGACAUGGAAUCUCUUGGAAUUAAUAAGGAAACAACGAAUUGGUCUUUUAGGUAUUAUAAUGGAUUUGGUUUCCCGUAUCCCAACAACAGCAUGUUAAUGUGCCGGCGAGGUUAUGCCGGCAACCCUUAUCUUCCCGAUGGAUGCCAAGAUGUUGAUGAAUGCAUGGAUUUUGAAGUAAGAAGUCGGUGCAGUGGAAAGUGCAUAAACACUCGUGGUUCAUACAGAUGCGAGGCCCAAAAAUCAUGGAUUUUCAUUUUAGGUAGCAGCAUGGGUUUUGGCUUAUUAAGCCUGCUUCUUACUUCAUGGUGGUUAUCUAAAUUCAUCAAGAAACGAAAACGCAGCCAACGUAAGAAAAAAUUCUUCAAGAAGAAUGGUGGUUUGUUGUUAAAACAGCAAGUAUGUUCAAGCAAAGACAAUGUUGAGAAGACGACAAUAUGCAGUUUAAAGGAAUUAGAAAAGGCAACAGAUCGCUUCAACGUGAAUAGAAUUCUCGGCAAAGGUGGCCAAGGAACUGUUUACAAAGGAAUGUUAGCAGAUGGAAAAAUCGUCGCAGUUAAAAAAUCCGAGAAAGUAGACCAAACAAGAGUCGAACAAUUCAUUAACGAGGUUGUCAUUCUGUCUCAAAUUAAUCAUAGAAAUGUCGUAAAGCUUCUUGGGUGUUGUUUGGAGACUGAUGUUCCUUUACUUGUCUAUGAAUUCAUCCCCAACGGAACUCUUUUUCAUUAUCUUCAUCACCCAACUGAGGAGUUCCAAUUAUCGUGGAAAAUGAGAUUGCAGAUAGCUAUAGAAGUUGCCGGAGCACUUUCCUACUUGCACUCAGCUGCUUCAAUACCGAUUUAUCACCGAGAUAUUAAGUCCACUAACAUUCUCUUGGACGAGAAGUAUAGAGCAAAAGUAUCAGAUUUUGGAACUUCAAGGUCAAUUCCUCUUGAUCACACUCAUCUCACUACUCGUGUAUUAGGAACUUUUGGAUAUUUAGAUCCUGAGUAUUUUCAGUCGAGCCAAUUUACAGAGAAGAGUGAUGUUUAUAGUUUCGGAGUAGUUCUUGUCGAGCUUUUGACCGGACAACAACCGCUUUCUUCAGCAAGCUUACGAGAUGGCGUAGGUUUAGCUGCACAUUUCAUUAUGUCAGUGGAAGAAGAUAAACUCUUUGAUGUGCUUGAUUCUCGAAUUGUGGAGCAAUGUGAUAAAGAAGAAGUGAUGGUGGUUGCUAGUGUAGCAAAAAGAUGCUUGAACUUGAACGGAAAGCAACGACCUACAAUGAAAGAAGUGAUAAUGGAAUUGGAAGGGAUUCAAUUUCCUCAAAAAGAUCAUUUGAGUAUUCUAAGAAAAAGUGAUGAAUUUGAAUCCAAUCUCUGGGAUGGCUGCUCUUUCACCACUUUCUCUAGUUCUGAUUGUUGUACAGAUUUGCCUGUAGAAAUCUAAGCAUUCACAUCAACAAAAAUAAUCCCUUAUACAAAAGGGAGUAAAAAUAUUUGGUGAGGUCGAGUGUUCAAUAUUGUAAAUUAAAAUAUUCGUUAAAAGUAUUUUAUCUCUUAAAAUUAUUAUUUAGAUAAUUGUCAUCAAUCAUAUUUAAAUUAAUAAAAAAAAUUGUGAUCAGAAUAUUACAAAAUUGAGGGGUGGAAU